ACACGACUUUCCCAUUUUUCUCUAUAUAUCGUAAGACAAACAUCAUCAUGAAAAUUGCUAUUAUGAUCCAACCUUCGUCAAGUAUUUCUUUUGACAACGAUACGGGCACGGAUGAGCCAUACGGGCCAGGGUUGAUUGCAGUCAACUCCGUCAUCACCAGCCUGGCUUUAAUCGGUAACGGCCUGGUGAUCACCGUCAUGUUGGCAAGGCGUCGAGUAUUCAGCUCCUUCACCAAUCGCCUAAUCCUUCAUCAGUCCGUCAUCGACUCCAUCGCCGCAGUGCUCUUCUUUCUCCACAAGGUAGUCAAGAGUCCCGGUCUCACGGUGUCCGAUGCAAAUACCUUUCUCGACCAAUUUGUCUGUCGUUUCUUGUUCCCCGACAUCUUGAUGUGGUGCGUGUACGUGACGUCCACCUAUAACCUCGUCAUUAUCUCGCUGGAACGGUUCAUGGCGACUUGCUACCCGCUAAAACACCGCAAGGUAAUCUCAAAGGGGAAACUGAAGUUUGCUGUGGCGGCUACUUGGGUAAUCGGAUUUGUCCAUGGCAUAAAUCUCAUCAACCUAUUUGAGCCGCAUCAGGGCAAGUGUCAGCUCGUGUCGAAGACAAGUGGACUUGCGCUUUCUCAAGGCAUGCUGAACACCCUUAUUAGAUACACAGUACCCCUCAUCAUUCUGAUCUAUGCGUAUACGAGGAUCCUCAUCAGGCUACACAAGAAGAUUGUCAACCCAGCGAAUAUCCACCAGAAUUUCUUCCGCAGAGCCAAGGAGAACGUGCUGAAAACAGUCCUGGUGGCCGGCAUCAUGUUCGCAAUCUGCUGGUUCCCUAUAGAAUACGUCUAUUUCCGUGCCAUACUUGGACAUGUUCCAUCCAUGUUGGUCUACCGUGGGGUGACAGCGUUAGUAUCCUGCAAUGCAGCCGUAAACCCCGUUAUUUACUGCUUCAUGUACGAACACUUCCGAUCACAGCUGAAAGACGUUUUCCGGAAACGACUCCGAAGAAACCAAGUGCAAAAUGGGCAGCCCAUUCGGCUUGGUAUUUUGGGCGCUGCCUGAAGUGAUCGUACGUAGGGUGACAUUUUUCAACAGUCAUGUCAACAUAGCGAGGGAGCGGGGUCAGCAACUUAGGAAAGUGGGGAGGGGGAUCUGACCGGGGUAGGGGUGCCGUUAUGCCGAAUUGAUGUAAAAUAUGUGUGCUCAGGAGCAGAAUCUUAGCGCUUAACACGAUGGGAAUAACAAUGAGAAGAUGUAGGUCCUUUGGGUAAAAAGUGAUAUACACUGACAUAUAUUAUCGGGACACACCACAUUUGGGAUUAAAAUUUAAUAUUUUUUAUAACUGUAUUUACUUACAAUGUAUAUAUUUUUAUCUUUCUUUUAUUAUUAAUAUUAUUAUUAUUAUUAUUAAUUUUUUGAGUGGUGCAUGUACCUUCCC